GAGAGAGCAGCAGUCGCAUCCCCCGAAAUUCGAAUUCCGCCCCUCUUCUCCCCCGUCCACUCCUCUCCUCCCAAAUCCAGCCGGAUUCCGGCGCGCCGCCCUCCCGCCCCGGUCCCGGCGGCCGCGGUCGCCGUCCGCCCGACCUCCCCGCGCCCUCGCCGGUGGGCAGCUCCCGGCUCCUCCCCGCCCCGCGCUCAGCUUCUGGCCCCGCCCCCGCGCGCCCCCCUCCAUGGCCGCCGCCACCGGGGCGCCGCUCGGCGGCCUGAACCCGAGGCCGAAGCCGAACCCUAGCGCCAACUGCCCCGGCCCCCGGUCGGGGGGGAAGCCCGCCGCGCUGGCCGACAUCACCAACACCGGGAGGCCCGGCCCUCCCAGGCACACCAUGGCCGACGUCCUCAAGGAGAACGCCAAGUUGGCUCAGCUGGUUGCCCAGAAAACCAAGAUCAUUGAGCUCAGCGGCAUUGAGAUUAACAAGCUCCGUGCUGCGCUGCAGAGCACGCAUCAGCAGAACCUGCACCUUGCGCAGGCUCAUUCUCAGAUCACCGCGGAACUAAAUCAGGCAAAAGAUCGAGUAAAGGUACUGCAGCAUGAGCUUUCAUGCGCAAUAGCAGUGCUUAAAGUAAAGGCUUCGGGAAUUGAGCGAAAGAGUACGACUGCUGAUAACCAACUGCAAACAGAAAUAACUUCACAGGAGUUAAAAGCCGCACCUUCCAAAUCUGCACCAGUCGAAGCUCAUCAAGCUGAUAAUAAGGGCACCAGUGCUAAUGUGCACCAUUCAGUCGAGACACAAUCCUCUGUGCCAUUUAAUACAGACCAACCAGAAGCACCGCCAGAUAAAACAAAUAAAAGAACAUCAGUGAAUACGCGCACAAGUAAGCGAAAGUCAGAGUCACGUGAAGGUAUAAAAGAGACCAACACAUGUCAACAGAGCCACAGACCUGAUGUGCAACCCACUGGAUCAUUGCAUCAUGAGGAUCAGAGAAACACAGUACGAAGAAAGUCUUCUAGACUAAACCCAGGGUCUUGUGAGAUGGCAGAAGCAUCUUGUGAGAUCUUGCCUACAGACACUGCAGUUCCUUCAUCUUGUAGUUUUAGUGUUCCAGAACUUGAUGAUCCAAAUAAUGGAGAAGACAUGCGGAAGGCAGCACAAGAUGAACUGUUAUGCAACACAGCAGUGCAUAUAAAGGCUUCAGUACUCAAGAAGGACGAGAUAAAUAAGCAUCUGCAGAAAGAAGCAAAUGUGCAGGAGGAGAUACAAGAAACACAUUCUGUGGUUCAUGGAAUUGAGGACCCUGAGGCACAUCAAAUUGACAGUCACACAAAGAAUACGAUCCCAAUCCACCUGGCAGAAACUCAAUCAUCUCUGCCAUUUGACACUCAACAGCCAGAACCACCCAAAGAAAGAGCAAAAAAGAGAAAUUAUUUUUCUAGGGGUGGACACAAACGGAAAUUGGAUUCAUGUGGAGGUCAAAAGGACUCAAACAUAGAGGACACUAAUUCCAAACUUGAUUCUAUUUGUAGUGAACCACCGUAUCAUGAAGAGACAAGGUAAAGUCUUUGCGUGCAUGCAUCUUUCUGCCUUUCACUAAUGCACUUAUAUCUGAAUGGAACAUGGAAUCAUUGUUGCCGUAAAUAUGUGCAGAAAAUCGAAGAAAAUCCUCAAGAAAGAACCCAGGAGAAUUUGCUGAGGCCACAAAGGAAAAUCUUGAGACCAAGCAAGAGGAAAUUAUUGCUCCUGUAGUCCCUUCCAGCUCAGAUGUCGUGAUGGAGCAGACCAAAGAAGAGAAGCAAAGCGACAGCCGUUCCUUGAUGGAACCUUCUGAAGGGCAGGCGGCGGGGAGGUCCUUGGUGCAGGUGACAGGUAGAAGGUCUUCGAUGCGGGCAGCAGCAAAGGCUGUAUGCUACAAGGAGAUACCCGUGAACGUGAAGAUGCGACGACCUUAGCGAACAGCCAGUAACAUUAUGUGAUCGUGUCAGUUGCACUUGCUUUUUGUUGAGUAGAAUAUCAUGUUUGUUGUAUGAUUGUAGAGGUCUGUUGCUUCCCCGCAUGAAAUGUAGUAUCAUGUUAUUUUGCCAUACUGGUGAUGGACUGUACAGCGGUCCCUUUUGUUCUAGAACUGACCAUAGCCAUUUGUCGUGGACAUGUCUGAAUAACAGUGCCAAUUCCAACA